AUGAUUAGUGAUUUUGAACAUUUUCAACCAAGUUUAAGAAAAGAAACACUUGACACAAUCAAAGAAUUUGGGUUUAGUAAACCUACUGAAGUACAAAAGGUUGUAAUCCCAGCAUUUUUAGAUAGAAAAGAUGUUAUUGUUCAAAGUCAAACAGGAAGUGGUAAAACAUUAUCUUUUUUAAUUCCAUUAUUUGAAAUUAUUAAAAGAGAAAGAGAAAGUAUUGAAAAAAAAGAAGUAUAUGGUAUUAUUAUUUCACCUACUAGAGAAUUAGCACAUCAAAUUUAUGAUAUUGCUAAAAUAUUUUGUAAACAUUUUAAUAUGACAAUUGGAUUAUUAACAGGAGGAAUUGAUAUUUCUACAUUAGAAGAAGAAAUGAAAAAAGGAGCUAAUAUUGUUGUAGGAACUGCAGGAAGAAUUGAAGAAGUAAUUGUAAAUAAAUUAUUUGAAUUAGAAUGGAAUAAUGUAGAAGUAUUAAUAUUAGAUGAAGGAGAUAGAAUGAUUGAAAUGGGAUUUUCACAAUCUAUGACACGUAUUAUUUGUCAUUUACCAAAACAACGACGUACUGGAUUAUUUAGUGCUACAAUGCCAAAAGAAUUAAAUAAAUUUGUUAUUGCAGGAUGUAGAAAUCCAUAUAAAAUACAAAUAUCAAAUGAUAAUACAUUAACACCAAUUUCACUUGCAAAUGAAUAUUGUAUUGUUCCAUAUGAAAUAAAGAUGCAAACAUUGAUAAGAGUAUUAAAAGAAAGUAAAGAUAAAAAAAUAGUUGUAUUUGUAUUAACAUGUGAUCAAGUAGAUUAUAUAUAUAAUAUAAUUAAAAUUUUACAUCAAGAAGGAUAUUUAAAAGAGAAAGAAAUAUAUUCAAUUCAUGGAAAAGUAAAACAAGUAAAUAGAGAUAAAGUUAUUAAAAAAUUUGAAGAGAGUUGUGAAGCUAUAUUAAUAUGUACAGAUGUGUUAGCAAGAGGAAUGGAUUUUGAUAAUAUUAAUUAUAUUAUUCAAUAUGACCCACCACAAGAUCCUAAAACAUAUAUUCAUAGAGUUGGAAGAACAGCUCGAAUGGGAAGUAUUGGACAUUCAUUAAUAUUUCUUGGACCAUUAGAAAAAAGUUUUAUUUUAUUAAUGGAAAAGAAAAAUGUAAAAAUUAUUGAAAGAACAAUUGAAAGAAAUGAAGAAGAAGAAAAAGAAUAUUUCAAUAAAAUUAGAGAAAUAUGUUGUAAAAAUCGUACUGUAUUUAAAAAAUCACAAAAUGCAUUUGUAUCUUUUUGUAAAGGAUAUGGAGAACAUCAAUGUAAAUAUAUUUUUGCUAUUAAAAAGUUAGUUUAUAAUGAAGUGGCUAAAGGAAUGUGUUUAGUUAAAAUGCCAAAAAUUCAAGAAGUAAAAAGAAUGGGUAUUAAAUAUGAAGAAGAGAUGAGUAUAGAAGAAAAUGAAAUACCAUUUGCAGAUGAACGAUUAGAACAACAACGACAAGAAAGAGGUAAAAAAAGAAAAGAAAAAGGAGUAUAA